UCUGCCCCCGCCCUCCUCUCCGAGUAAAGUAGCCCCCGCUGCUCCUCUUCUCCUUCCAUAGUUCCAUUCCCCUUCGCUUUUCCCCCUCGCUCCUCCCCUCCCUCACCCAAAACCCUAAACCCUACCUCGCCGGGAUCGGCCGAUCGGCGCCGCGUCCCUCGCCGGGUUUUACUUAGAACGGCAUGAUCCUUGCCUUCCCAUUGGGAGGGUGAGAAGCAACCAAGUAUGGCUUCAAGGGCGAUCAUUAGGAGAAGGAAGCAUCUUUUGGAUAAUGUUAACACACCUAUCCUGUCAUCCUCCUUCUCUACCUUCCAGCAUGGGGCAUUUGGUUUCAAGGCUCAGCCAAGAAUAGCGCAGCAAUUUCUCGAGCAAAGCUUAGGGGACUCAAAAUCUGACAAGGAGAAAGAGCCAUAUAGUGUGAAUUUGACAAAGGGUGGUCUGCUAGGUCUUGGUAAUGGGUUUCCGCAGCGACCAGCUCAUGUGAUUUCUCCUCAUGGUUAUGGAAUUGGAAGAAGUAAUGAAUUUGCAUUGCCUUUUGGAGCUAGAGGUUUGUUGCAGUCAGUCCGCAGAGCAUCAACUGCAACUGCUGGGCAACCUAAGUUGGAUAUCGAAGAAGAACAGAGUGAGGAUCAGAAGCAGAAUAAAAAGAAAAAGGAGGCAUCCCCAGAAGAAUGUGACCAGGCUGUGGAAGGCCUAAGCACAGCAAAAGCUAAAGCCAAAGCCAAGCAGGUGCAAGAAUCUCUAAAGGCUAGCCGAUCAAUCGUACAAAAAUUCUGGGCAAGGCUUCUGGGUAUUGGCCCUGCUCUCCGAGCUAUUGCUUCAAUGAGUAGAGCUGACUGGGCUGUAAAGCUGAAGCAUGGGAAGGAUGAAUUUAUUUCUACACUGCAGCAUUACUGGUUAGGAACAAAGCUACUUUGGGCAGAUGUUAGGAUUUCAUCAAGAUUGCUGGUGAAGCUUGCUGGUGGAAAGAGCCUGUCAAGGAGAGAGAGGCAACAACUCACCCGUACAACAGCUGAUAUCUUCAGGCUGGUACCUGUUGCUGUGUUUAUCGUUGUUCCGUUCAUGGAAUUCUUAUUGCCGGUGUUUCUCAAGUUGUUUCCAAACAUGCUGCCAUCCACUUUUCAAGACAAGAUGAAAGAAGAGGAAGCGUUGAAAAGGAAACUGAAAGCAAGGAUGGAGUAUGCAAAGUUUCUGCAAGAUACUGCAAAAGAAAUGGCAAAGGAAGUCCAAACAUCCCGUAGUGGAGAAACUAAACAGACCGCUGAAGAUCUGGACGAUUUUUUAAACAAGGUUAGGAAAGGUGAACGUGUAUCCAAUGAUGAAAUCUUGAACUUCGCGAAGCUGUUUAAUGAUGAACUGACUUUGGAUAACAUGAGCAGACCACGCUUGGUAAAUAUGUGCAAAUAUAUGGGUAUUCGGCCUUUUGGUACGGACCAUUACUUGAGGUUCAUGCUUCGCAAAAAACUGCGCGACAUUAAGAAUGAUGAUAAGGUGAUUCAAGCUGAGGGGGUGGAGUCUCUUUCUGAAGAGGAGCUCCGGCAAGCCUGCCGUGAACGUGGCCACCUAGGCCUGCUGUCAACGGAAGAAAUGCGUCAACAGCUACGAGACUGGUUGGACCUCUCACUCAACCAUGCUAUGCCAUCGUCCCUUCUCAUACUUUCAAGAGCUUUUAUCGUAUCUGGGAGAAUGAAACCUGAGGAGGCUGUUGUAGCAACAUUGUCUUCUCUACCAGAUGAAGUUGUGGAUACAGUUGGUACAGUAUUGCCAUCUGAAGAUUCAGUUUCUGAGAGAAGGAAAAAACUGGAAUUCCUUGAGAUGCAGGAAGAACUUAUCAAGGAGGAAGAGAAGAAGAAAGAGAAAGAAGAAAAGGCAAAACAAAAGAAGGAAGAGAAGGCAAAGCUCAAAGAACCAGAGGCUGAUGAACAAGAUUUAGCUUUAAAUGAAAUGACCGAGCCUACUGCUAGGGAAGAAGAAGAACUGAGAGAAGGAAAACAGCGUGACAAGGAACAACUCUGUAAUAUCAGUCGAGCCUUGGCUGUGCUAGCAUCUGCAUCGUCUGUUAGAAAGGAGCGUCAAGAGUUCCUGAGCCUUGUCAACCAGGAGAUAGGACUGUAUAACUCCAUGAUUGAAAAAGAAGGCACAGAUGGUGAAGAAGCUAAGAGGGCAUAUAUGGCUGCUAGAGAGGAGGCAGACGACGCUGAUGAGGUCGCUGCAGAAGAAAAGGUCUCGUCAGCGUUGAUUGAGAAGGUUGAUGCUAUGCUUCAGGGAUUGGAAAAGGAGAUAGAUGAUGUAGAUGCACAAAUCGGAAACCGCUGGCAACUGCUUGAUAGGGAUCAUGAUGGCAAGGUCACUCCUGAGGAGGUAGCGGCGGCUGCGGCUUAUCUCAAGGAUACCAUUGGGAAGGAAGGUGUCCAAGAGUUCAUCAGCAACCUUUCUAAAGACAAAGAAGGAAAGAUCCUUGUGGAAGACAUCGUGAAGCUGGCUUCUCAAACUGACGAGAACAAUGAAGACCAAGAAGAAGAAUCACGGCAGUAGUUGCGAACACACUUGAAAACUUAUUUUCCGUGUUGAGAUGGACAGCCUAUUAUUUCAGAUCAGGAGUAACCCUUCGAGUAUCAGAGCUACGUCAUGGCAGUGCCGUGUGUAGAUCAAAAGGCAGGAUAACCAUUUUUUUGUGCCUCUCCGGGCUGACUUGGAUGUAACGAUGAGUGGCUGGCAAGACAAACUUGCUGUAGAGAUGAUGGGAUGCAUAUAGGUAGGUUCAGUGCUGUGGAUUCGGCUGGUAAAUGGCAACUGUGAUUUCGACAGGUUGCUACGGAAGUGGAAAUACAGAUCGUUUGAACUUGGAUGCAUGCUACGUUCCAUCCUUGGCUUCGGUUA